AUGUCCAAGAAUGAUCCCCUAAACGAGUUUAGACCUUUUGGUAGAAUGACAGUUGUUUUAGGUGGUGAUUUCAGGCAUAUAUUGCCUGUUGCCCGAAAAGGAACGAGGCAGGAUAUUGUUGAUGCCCCAAUCAAUUCAUUAAAGAUAUGGACUUAUUAUAAUGUGUUGAGGCUUACUGUUAAUAUGACAUUGGGUGCAUCUUCGGUACCUUUAGAGCAGGAAGAAAUUGCUAAUUUUGGCAAGUGGAUACUCUCAAUUGGAGACGGCAACGAAGUUUCGGAUCAGAAUGGUGAAAUGAAGGUAGAAAUUUCUGAAGGUGAAGAGAAAGAGUAUUUAAGCUCUGAUUAUGUUUGUCGAUCGAGUGAAAAUUCUGAUGUCCAAAGCGAGUGGUUCACAACAGAAUUUCUUAAUGGUAUUAAGAGCUCUGGAAUUCCAAAUCACUGGUUGAAACUAAGGGUUGGAUGUCCAGUUAUGCUGAUGAGAAACAUUGAUCAGGCCAAUGGACUGUGUAGUGGUACGAGGCUGACAGUUACACGUCUAGGGAAGAGCACGAUAGCUGCUACCGUAAUUACAAGAAAAAGGGCAGGUACCAGGGUAUUCAUUCCCAAGAUGAAUCUUAUUCCGAGUGAUCUAGGACUACCCUUCAAAUUCAGACGCUUGCAAUUUCCAUUGACAUUUUGUUUUGCAAUGACAAUAAAUAAAAGUCAAGGUCAAUGUUUAUCUCGAGUGGGAGUUUAUCUUCCUAAGCCCGUGUUCACGCAUGGACAACUCUAUGUUGCUGUCUCUCGAGUUACUUCUAGAAAAGGUUUGAAGCUGCUCAUCUUGGAUGAAGAUAAUAACUUUUGCAAGGAGACCACAAAUGUUGUGUAUUCAUGA